UUAUACUUCCUGUCCGUUCUCAUCAUCAUUGACUUGCGACUCUUUCUGCAUCAUUAUCUCUAUGCUCGAUGCUGCCGGUGUUUGCCCGAGCCUCACCGCGAUUCUCAAUGCGUAUUCGAUAUAUUGCUGUCUAAUUGCAAUCUGCGAGUGGAUGGACGACCUUGAAACCAUCUCUCGGUACGGCCGUGGGGCGAGGCAAAUGCUCAUCACUCUCGUGGCGAGUUCUGCUGUCCUGGCGAGCGCUGGUGGUUGGUGUCAAUCUCCAGGUCUCCACCAUCGGGGGGGCCCAGUAGUCGCUGGUUGUUGCCCCUUUUCCGCUCGCUCUGGCUAGAGAUAGGCUGUUCUGGUUAUUACCAUUAUGGGGCCCCCCAGCGACUUUCCUUGACUACUUGUGGAUCAAUCCAUAUUGUGUCCGAUAAGAACGUAGAAGGGGAGAGGGG